AUGACUACCGUGUUAAUUAUUGGAUGUGGAGUAGGCGGAUUAACGCUUGCCCAGGGAAUUUUAAAAAAUAAUAGUAAAAAUAAAACAAAAUUCAAUGUUAAACUAUUCGAGAGAGAUACAGGGCCUAAAGACCGUUGGCAAGGAUACCAUAUUGCAGCAAAACCAUCUGGUAUAAAAUCACUUUUAAAUUGCCUUCCAAAAGAACUGUCUGAUCAAUUGCAAACAGCUAUUCCUAAUCCAGUAGAAGGUGAAGAACAUUAUGAUACAGUUAUGGAUCAAGAUGGAAAUACAUUGGUUUCAACGCCUAUUAAAAAAUUCAAGAAUUUGUAUGAAUUUGCCGAGUUAAAAGAUCGCAAAUAUCCAACUUUUAUCACCUAUAGAGAUAAAAUGAGAUAUUUUUUAUUACAAGGUUUAGAUAUACAAUGGAAUAAAAAGUUUGUUAGAUAUGAAUUGGAAGAAAAUGGAGUUUGGGCUAUUUUUGAUGAUGGUACAAGAGAAUUUGGUGAUAUUUUAGUUGGGUGUGAUGGGAUUAAUUCACUAGUUCGUAAACAGAAAUUGCCAACAUUAGAAAUAAAUAGAUUGGGAAUAACUGGUACAAUAUUUGAUUUGGCGCCAAGUAAAGAUCUUGUUGAAAGAUUUUUAAAAUAUUCUGGAACAAAUAAUGUAUUUAGAAUAUUAUUAGGAAAUCGUGGAGAUCUUAUAAUUUUCCUAUUUAGACUCAUCCCAAUCAAAACAAAAGAUUCUCAAGAAGGUCAAGAUGCAAUUCAUUAUAGGUUAUCAAUAUUGUUUAGUUGUCCAUCAUUAUAUGAUAAUGAUGAGCAAAUUGACAAAGUAAAUGAUCCUGAAAAAGUGCUUAAUUGGGUGAAAAGUAUUGUUGAGCAACGCGGAGAUUCGGAAUUUAAUGAGAUGAUAAAAGAAUUCAUUAAUUCAGCACCAGAAAAACCACCUAAAAUCGGAGUUGGUGGACAAGUUGUAGAUGAAAAUUAUCCAUUUAUGAACUACAACCCACCAAGAAAAUAUCUAUUGAGUGACAUUGAUCCAAAUUCUAUAGAACGAUGGACAAUUGAUCGAGUUACACUUUUAGGUGAUGCUAUACACGCAAUGAACCCUGUUCUUGGCUUGGGCACAAAUAAUGCAUUGGCAGAUGCAGAAAAAUUGUCAAACUCUUUGUUACAAUGGGACGAAAUAGGCUGGAAGAAUUGUAUAAAGGAUUACGAGGAUGAAAUGAUUAAGCGAAACUCAAUUGAUGUGUUACAAUCAAGAAAAGUUUGUCAAAACUUACAUACAAUUUAUUAUAAUAAAGCCAAUAUUUAUCUCAGAAAUUUUUUUAUGAAAUGUGUUGGAUUUUCAUUGAACAUGUAUAGUAAAAUAUUUGGUUAA